CAAUCAUUUGUAUUGUAUCCCAACUCUCAGCUAGUUCUUCGCUUUUUCCUCUCCCCCCUUUCUCCCUCCACCUUCAGCAACCAUGUCGUCCACCCAUACCGAGAAGGUCGUCUACAACCCCCCCCACCCCGUCACCGGGCACCCCCAGCAGAACUUCAUUGUCUUCUGCAACCCCGGCUACGCGGCCAAGUACGCUAGCCAGUUCGACCCCAACACCCCGAAGCCGGCCUCCGGCAAGCGUGAGGAGAUCCACCCCCGCCAGGUCCUCCAGACGGAUGACAUCUACUACCAUCCCUCCGACUCGCGCACUCUGCAGCUCCCCUCCAAGAAGGAGCUGGCCGAUGCCUUCGGCACUGAGAAGCGUGACGAGAUCAUCCAGACCAUCCUGCGCAAGGGUCAGAUCCAGCCGGUCGAGAGCGCCAAUGAGGCGCGCGGCGGGAACACCAACUUCCGCCAGCCCUCCCACCACUAAAUGCGCCAUCAUGGCCCUGGCCUUUGGUGUGCGUGUGUGCGUGUCCGUGUGUGUGCCCCCAUGCCUUCCUCCGCGCCCCACUCUCCCCCAUGUGCGAGUGUGCGUGAGGGCAAGAGCAUAUACACAUGGAGCAGUCAUGUGCUGAUCCUCGGCCCUGUGUCACCCUAGGAUACAUGGGUCUAGCAGUUGAUCGCACAUACCACGACGUCAUUCGUCCCCCCCCCCCCUCCUCGUUCUCGUUAGAACAAUUGCUCUGGAUGCGAGCGCUUUCUCUACCCCUCCUUUCUUGAUGGAGACGAGAAGAUAGCUCCCCACAACUCUGUGUACUCCUCCGAGCAUCUGAAACUGGCACGCCCUUCCUCCUGCUGGGUUGUGCACCCCUCGUGGGUUUUUCAAGGUCCGACAAGGGCCUUUCCAUGCGUCCAUGCAUGCCUCUCCUUCCUCCCCCACCCCCUUCCUCCAUUCGAGCGACUGGGACUCUUCUCCCGAGUUCAGCUGCUGCUGCUGCGAUCGCAUGUGUGCAUACAUGUACACACGUAUGCCUAUUCUUCUGCAUAUGGCGUCGCUACACCGGCAUGCGGUAUGUCCGCUGCUUGGGAGAAUGUGAGGCGAGCACCCCCCCCCCCCUCCUCCUCCAACUGCGACAGGGGAAGUGUUUGCGCCUUUUCGUGCAGAGAAACGCGCCUUUCUCCGCAGGGCGAAAGACACACCGCAUACACACCUCUCUCUCUGUCAGCAGAAGGGGAGCUGCGAUGGUGACUGCAAUGUGCCAGCAUCCCAAACCCCUUGGAGACAUUUCUCUCCCUCCCUCUCUCCUCUCUCUACACACACAUUCACACACACAAAAUCCAUGUAAUCCUCCUACUCCCCUCUCCCACUCAACAAUCCACAAAUACAUCCACACCCAUAAGACGCCUU